AUGGAAACCAGUAGAGGAAUACUUAAGAAGCUUGGACUUUUCGGGGUGACGGCCAUAACGUUCUAUGUUGUUGGGAAGAAACAUAUACAGAAGAGAAAUGACGAGAAACACCGUUUGCAGACCGAUGCUAGAAUAGAUAGUGAAUUUGAUGAAUUUUCAACAAAAGUUCGAAGAUUAGGAUUUCCUGAAAAUAAGCCAAAUUUCAACUAUGAAGAAAGACCAGAGGAUCUGAAAUACGUUGGGAAAGGAGACAGUUAUUCCACCCGUAAAGGAGGAGACCGAUUUACAUAUACUGCACUUUUCAGUAGAGAUGAUGGAGAAAAAUAG